UCUACACAGUCCAGACCCCUCCCCCUUCCUCUUCUCUGCAAAACUUUCCCAAUUUCCCGAGAAGAUUCAACUGCAAAUCCCAAUUUUCCCCGAGAAAACCCACUCUCCACACGUCUCCUCGACCUCCCAAAGCUCAUGCUAUCCAAAUCACCAAAAUGACCCUAUCUCCUUCCCUCUCCAUCCCCAGCCCCUCGCCCAUCUCCACUAAAAGCAUCAAAGCCAAACACACCUUCCCAUUCCCAAUCCUUCCUUCCCACCGCCGACUAGUCUCCUUCUCUAGCGACCGGAAAGCCUAUUCCGGCGCCUGGAAAGCCAGAGCUAAGCCGAAAGAACUCGUCCUCGGCAACCCUUCCGUAGUCGUCGAGAAAGGCAAGUACAGUUACGAUGUCGAAACCCUAAUUAACAAACUAAGCAGCUUACCUCCACGCGGCAGCAUAGCAAGAUGUCUCGACGUUUUCAAAAACAAGCUUUCGCUAAACGACUUCGCUCUGGUCUUCAAGGAAUUCGCGCAGCGCGGUGAUUGGCAAAGGUCGCUACGGCUCUUCAAGCAUAUGCAGCGUCAAAUAUGGUGUAAGCCAAAUGAGCAUAUUUAUACAAUUAUGAUUAGUUUGUUAGGCCGCGAAGGCCUCCUCGAAAAAUGCAGCGAUAUUUUCGAGGAAAUGGGUGCGCACGGAGUGUCACGCAGUGUGUUUUCCUACACUGCAUUGAUUAAUUCCUACGGCCGGAAUGGUAAGUAUGAGGUCUCUCUUGAAUUACUUGAAAGAAUGAAGAAGGAAAGGGUUUCGCCCAGUAUUUUGACGUAUAAUACUGUUAUUAAUUCGUGUGCGAGAGGUGGGUUAGAUUGGGAGGGUCUGCUAGGUUUGUUUGCCGAAAUGAGGCAUGAAGGAAUACAACCUGAUAUUGUCACAUAUAAUACUCUGCUUUGUGCUUGUUCUAAUAGGGGAUUAGGGGAUGAGGCAGAGAUGGUAUUUAGGACAAUGAAUGAAGGAGGGGUUGUGCCUGAUAUAACAACUUACACUUAUCUUGUUGAUACUUUUGGGAAAUUGAAUAGGUUAGACAAGGUUAGCGAAUUGCUCAAGGAGAUGGCUUCUACUGGCAAUGUACCUGAGAUUUCAUCGUAUAAUGUGUUAUUAGAGGCAUAUGCAAGAAUAGGGAAUAUUGAGGAUGCUACGGGGGUGUUUCGGCUGAUGCAAGAAGCGGGGUGUGUGCCCAAUGCAGAGACGUAUAGUAUAUUGUUGGGUUUGUAUGGGAAGCAUGGGAGGUAUGAUGAAGUAAGAGAGCUAUUUUUGGAGAUGAAAGUGAGUAACACGGAGCCUGAUGCGGCUACAUAUAAUACACUUAUAGAUGUAUUUGGUGAGGGUGGGUAUUUUAAGGAGGUGGUGACAUUGUUUCAUGAUAUGGCGGAGGAAAAUGUUGAGCCGAAUAUGGAAACUUAUGAGGGGUUGAUAUUUGCUUGUGGGAAAGGUGGGCUACAUGAUGAUGCUAAGAAGAUUUUACUUCAUAUGAGUGAAAAGGGGAUGAUACCAAGUUCAAAGGCAUAUACUGGAGUUAUUGAAGCAUAUGGACAAGCUGCGAUGUAUGAGGAAGCUCUUGUGACGCUUAAUACUAUGAAUGAAAUGGGCAGCAAGCCAACAAUUGAGACUUACAAUACGCUGAUUUACAUGUUUGCAAGAGGUGGGUUAUACAAGGAAACUGAAGCUAUUUUGUUGAAAAUGGGUGAUUUUGGGGUUGCUAGGGACAGGGAUUCUUUCAAUGGUGUGAUUGAAGGCUUUAGACAAGGCGGUCAGUUUGAAGAAGCUAUUAAGGCUUAUGUUGAGAUGGAAAAAUCUAGAUUAGUUCCUGAUGAACGGACACUUGAGGCAGUCUUAAGUGUUUAUUGCAUCGCGGGUCUUGUUGAUGAGAGUGUGGAGCAAUUUCAGGAAAUUAAAGCAUCGGGAAUAUUGCCGAAUGUCAUGUGCUAUUGUAUGAUGCUGGCUGUUUAUGCUAAGAGUGAUAGAUGGAAUGAGGCCUAUGAGCUUCUUGAUGAGAUGUUAACGAAUAGAGCGUCAAAUAUCCAUCAAGUGAUUGGGCAGAUGAUCAAGGGAGAUUUUGAUGAUGACUCUAACUGGCAAAUGGUAGAGUAUGUUUUUGACAAACUUAAUUCUGAAGGGUGUGGCUUGGGAAUGAGGUUUUAUAAUACACUUCUAGAAGCACUAUGGUGGCUCGGUCAGAAAGAACGGGCUGUAAGGGUUCUUGGUGAAGCAACAAAGAGAGGGCAUUUCCCUGAACUUUUCCGUAAAAGCAAACUUGUGUGGUCUGUGGAUAUUCACAGGAUGUGGGAAGGAAGUGCAUACACAGCAAUAUCUGUUUGGCUCAAUAACAUGUACGAGAUUUUCAUGAAUAGACAGGAUAUUCCCCAACUUGCAUCAGUCAUUGUGGUACGGGGACUGUUGGAGAAAAGCUCAGUUGCACAAGAUUUUCCAAUUGGGAAGGCUGUACAUUCGUUUCUGCAGGAUAUUGUGCCAUCUUCAUUUUCUUACUCUGGAUGGAACAAUGGUCGAAUUACCUGCCAACGUUCCCAGCUCAAGCGCUUUCUGUUGGGAACAGAAUUAGUUUCAGAUGGGACCAAGAAAGAUAAAUUCAUUAUGUUAACUAACUCCCCUUUUUCUCUUGCUGGAACAAGAACAUCGAGUGAUAUUGAGACUAGCCUACACAACAAAUCCAAUUCUGGAGCUAGAAUGGGAACCAGUACAGAGCUUAUGACAAGCACAGUUUAAGUCGAUAUGCAUAAUCCGUUCAUCAGUUUCAGGGCCUGGGAAAUCUGCAUUUCUGUAUUCCAGUUAAAAGAGCUAUGUGCCAAGGAUUGAUCUGCUGCUGUUUUUUUUUUUAUGUGUCCACACGUGGAAAUCAUCAAAGUGUUUGCGGAGGUCAAUAUCAACAACCACAUUGCAGGAAUAAAGUAAAAAGUGGGACGUGUUGUAACAUCAAGUUCCUUGGUUCAAUAGUGGGGAGAGCUCGGAUGAUGAAAAGGAUUGCUAGUUUUGUAGCUGUAGAUUAAUUUCUCACAUCUGCAACUUGAAGAGGCAGAGAGAAGAAGAGGAGGUGCCUUCCAUGAGGAUAGAGAGGCAAAGCAAUGUAGCUGGCUAAUUCAAAUGCAUUUCUCUUACUUUAAUGAAUGGGAAUUUGUCUCUCAUGUCGAAUGGAAUGUAUUGUUAACGAUUUGAUCAAUAAACGAAGUGCUGGAAUACUCCAAUUUCUUGCAUUUCUGCCCUAAUAUGUUUAAACAGUUGACAACAGAUGAAGCUGGCAUUCGCAGAAGCUAUAGCUCCCUCGAAUUGGAAAAAUAUGUUUGCUUUGGACACUGAUGUUGCUUCAUGGAGUUUUUGGCACAGGAUGAAUUUCUUCAAGGAAGCUCGUCUGAGUUUCCAUUCCUGUUAGAUGUUUAUAAGCUUCUUUGUAGUUAUUUGUUGAACAUCCAUGGUGCCUGCAACUGUCUUUUCUGUGAGAGAUGUAAAAUAAACUUUAUCUUCAUUUUGCGUC